AUGUCUGCACCUGCUUUUAUAGCCUUUUAUUAUGUCACCGCGAUUGAAAAAUAUUACCGUGCAAAAAUUGAACAAAAGGAUUUAAAACAAAUACUAGAUCGUGUAAAAAAGGAUCUUCAAGUGGUGGCAAAUCCUAAUUCUGAUUUUGACGUGGCGAGCAAAGAAAAAGCUCAAGAAAUCCUUGAUGACUGA